UAGAUCACACUCACAUAGCCUGCUUAGGUCUGAUUAACCUGAGCUACACAAUUCCUCAGAGAUCCUCUGUAUCUUUGUCUAUAAGGACAUUCCUGACAGCCAAGUUUAUACUACUCAGAAACAGUGACUUUAAGUUGUUCAUUUUCUCUUAAUCUGCCUCUGACAAAGGAAUCCAGAUGACUUGGAACCCACUGAAGACAAUACCAGGAAAAUGGCAGCCUUGGAAAUAACUCUGGGUGUCAUCCUGAUUCUACUGGGACUUGCCAUUCUGGCUAUUUUGUUAACAAGAUGGACACGAAGCAAGCAAAAUGAAAUAGAUGUCUCCAGAUACAGUUCAGAACAAAGUACUGGGCUUCUAGACUAUGAGGAUGAUUCAGGUUCUUACUCUAAGAGAACUAAAAAAGGAAAAGGAUCCCGACAUUCAUAUUCAACAGAAAGUGACUUUUCAAAUGAUGAUCGAGGACAGUCUGGAACGAGUAUUGUUUCACGUCAAGGAUCUACAAAUCUUCCCUCGACCAGCUCCCUCAAUACAGCUCACCCUAAAAGGACUGCUACUUCAGAACCCAUUGGUGGAGUUAUUGGACCUAUAAUGCAAUUCACAGCACCUAUCCCUGGAGCUACAGGACCUAUCAGACUUUCUCAAAAAACCAUUGUGCAAACUCCAGGACCUAUUGUACAAUAUACUGGACCUGGUGAUACUGAUUUCUCCUCUUUAUUCUCAUCUGUUUUUCCACCAGAUUCAAAUUCAGGUUCCGAAUCCUCUUCUGACUCAUCUCCUUAUGCCACCUGUGGUCAAUCUUCAACAUCCACUGGUCCACAAUGGGCACCCUUAGCAAUUUCACAGAGAAUCACAACAAAAUCUAUGACGUCUACAAAAAAGCAAAAGCCAGGUGGCGGUUCUGGAAAAUAUGUCAUGUUUCCAGGUUUUGAGGAUGAAGAACCUGAAAAACCACCAGUUUCCAAAACCUCGAUUUUAAAACCUCCGAAAAACCAAAAAGAAGCACAAAAAAAGGAUAUAUGUAUGGAUUCUGAUGAAUCCUUGAUACCAAUGCAGAAUAAGUGUGACGUGGGAGGGGCAGGAGCAAAGCCAGCCCCUGCAAAGUGUGACACUGGAGUAGCAGAGGCAAAACCAGCCCCUGCAAAGAGCUACACUGGAGUGGAAGAGGCAAAACCAGACCCUGCAAAGUGCGACACCGGAGUUGUAGAGGCAAAACCAGUCCCUGAAAAGUGCUACACCAGAAUGGCAGAAGCAAAGCCAGCCCCUGCAAAGAGCUACACCGGAGUGGCAGAGGCAACACCAUCCUCGGCAAAGUGCGACACCAGAGUUGUAGAGGCAAAACCAGCCCCUGCAAAAUGUGACACCAGAGUGGCAGAAGCAAAGCCAGCCCCUGCAAAGAGCUAUACUGGAGUGGAAGAGGCAAAACCAGUCCCUGCAAAGUGGGACACCGGAGUUGUAGAGGCAAAACCAGUCCCUGAAAAGUGCUACACCAGAAUGGCAGAAGCAAAGCCAGCACCUACAAAGAGUGACUCAGGAGAGGCAGAGGCAAAGCCAGUCCCUGCAAAGAGCGACACAGGAGUGACAGAGGCAAAACCAGUCACUGCAAAGUGUGACACCAGAGUGGCAGAAGCAAAGCCAGCCCUUGCAAAGGGAGACUCCAGAGUAGCAGAAUCAAAGCCAGCCCCUGCAAAGAGUGACUCAGGAGAGGCAGAGGCAAAGCCAGUCCCUGCAAAGUGCGACACUGGAGUUGGAGAGGCAAAACCAGCCCCUGCAAAGUGUGACAUCAGAGUAGUGGAAGCAAAGCCAGCCCCUGCAAAGAGUGACUCUGGAGAGGCAGAGGCAAAGCCAGCCUCUGGAAAGAGCGACACCAGAGUGGCAGAGGCAAAGAGCGACACAGGAGUGGCAGAGGCAAAACCAGCCCCUGCAAAGAGGGACUCCAGAAUGGCAGAAGCAAAGCCAGCCCCUGCAAAGAGCUACAUGAGAGUGGCAGAGGCAAAACCAGCACCUGCAAAGAGUGACUCUAUAGUAGCAGAAGCAAAGCCAGCUCAUGCAAAGAGUGACACUGGAGUGGCAGAGGCAAAACCAGCCCUUGCAAAGAGGGACUCCAGAGUGGCAGAGGCAAAACCAGCCCCUGCAAAUAGCGACACCAGAGUGGCAGAGGCAAAGCUAGACCAGGCAAAGAGUGACACGGGAGUGGCAGAGGCAAAACCAGCCCCUGAAAAGAGGGACUCCAGAGUGGCAGAAGCAAAGCCAGCCCCUGCAAAGAGUGACUCUAUAGUAGCAGAAGCAAAGCCAGCCCAUGCAAAUAGCGACACCAGAGUGGUAGAGGCAAAGCUAGACCAGGCAAAGAGCGACACAGGAGUGGCAGAGGCAAAGCUAGACCAGGCAAAGAGCGACACAGGAGUGGCAGAGGCAAAGCUAGACCAGGCAAAGAGCGACACGGGAGUGGCAGAGGCAAAACCAGCCCCUGCAAAGAGUGACACUGGAGUGGCAGAGGCAAAGCUAGACAAGGCAAAGAGCGACACAGGAGUGGCAAAACCACAGGAAUCCCUGAGGAAAACACAAGAGGGAAAAGAACCUAAAACCUCAAAAAGAAAGAAAUCCCAGGGGAAAAAAGAUAAGAAGGAAGAACCAAAAGCCGAAGAAAAGAAAUAGAGUCCUGAUGAUAAGAAGGGAGAUGCAGAGACAAACCAAGAUUUUUUAAAAAGACAAGAUGCCAAUAAGAAAAAUGAUAAAGAGCAAAAUUAAAGAAAAUGAAUCAGAAGCCAAGGGCAAAGGCAAGUAUAAAAGGAAGUACAACAAAAAGAUGGAAGAAAAUAAGUAAGUAAAAGGAAGACCCAUAAGACAAUUGAUCAUACUUCAGAUACAAGCUAUGGCCCAGUCAUUGCCUGAAUGGAUUAUAAUAUUUAUCAGCAGUUUCUGCUCUUCAGAAGUUUCACCAUUUUUUUGCCUCAGCCACAAAUUUCGGCUCUUAGACUUUCAAAUGUUCUCUCUCUUUAUAUAUAUAGUCAAUAAAGACUGUGUACUUUCUGAAAUAAAACAUUUUUAUUGAAGAAAUGUAAAAUAA